CGGCUUCAGCUGACUCGUUCUGGGAUCAAUUGAACUCGCCACAAUGCACUUCUCUUCUCUUUCCUUUGCUCUGCUCUCCGCCGCGGGCGUGGCCAACGCCUUACCCGGCCUUGGAGACGUUUGGCCUUGGCCGUCUCUGAUCCCCGACACCGUCGUCAUUGAUGGCUGGCGCCUUGUCGAAGCAAAGCUGCGCCUCACCUUGGGUGAUGGCGCCCUCAGGAGCGAGUUGAAGCAUCUCACUGCGCAGGCAGAUAGCUGGCUCGAUCAAGGCCCCUGGACCGUGACGGCAAAGACGAAGGCUCCUCCCAACGGCACAAUCCACGACUACUCGUCUCAGGCGCCGUAUUGGUGGCCCAACCCCAAUUCGGCAGAUGGAUGUCCGUACAUCCAAAAGGACGGUGUGCGCAAUCCCGAGGUGGACCAAUACCAAGACCGCGUUUCCGUUGGAAAGAUGUUCAACUCGACAUACGUCUUGUCGCUGGCCUGGUACUACACGGGCAACCCCAAAUACUCAAAGCACGCGUCAGACAUUCUCCGGACAUGGUUCCUCGACUCCAAGACAGCCAUGAGCCCCAACCUGAACCACGCCCAGAUCAUCCCCUGCGCCAACACGGGCAGGUCGAUUGGCAUCAUCGACUUCAGCCAGGAGUACACAAACGUCAUCGACGCCGUCGCAAUCCUCAACACCGGCGCCCCCGGCUGGAGCAAGGCCGACGGCAAGGCCUUUGUCAGCUGGAACAAGCAGUUCCUGACGUGGCUCGCCGACUCGCCCUUUGGCGUUGAGGAGGCCGCCGCGCAGAACAACCACGGCACCUUUGCCAACAUGCAGAUCGCCGCGCUGGCGCUCUUCACGGGCAACAUCACGCUGGCCAAGCAGCGCGCCGAGCUCGCAAAGAGCUUCAUCAACAGCCAGAUCACCGCCAACGGGUCGCAGCCGCAGGAGCUCGCGCGCACGCGUAGCUUCCACUACUCCAACUUUGAUCUGACGGCGCACCUCCGCUACGCGCUCAUCGCCCGCAAGGUCGGCGUCGAUCUGUUCAAGUACACGGGUCCUCAAGGCCAGACGCUGUUCAAGGCGGUCGAGUUCUUGAUUCCUGCGGCGGCGGGCGGAGCUGACAAGUGGACGUAUCCGGAGCUGGGCUUUACGCAGUAUGCGGCGACGGAUAAUGUCAGGGCGGCGGCGCAGGAGGGCGAUAAGGCUGCUUUGAAGGUAUUGACGAAAUUGGUUGCGCCGCCUGGAGGAGACAUCUUUGGGUUGAGGCCCGCGCCGGAGCAGUUGGAUAGUAUUGCGACGGUUGGGUGAGGGAUUGAAGGUGAAUUUACUUGUUGUCUUGGUUUGCCCCUUGAUAUGGAGUGCAAGACAAUGGAUUUCUUAUCAUGUAUAGAUGUCAUGUGAAACGACGGGUAGCUGGAAUGAAUAUAAUAUUUUUACUUGCUUUGUCU